AGCGUUAGGAUGGUAACGAAUGAUCGAAACGACAGCGCGAUGGCAAUGCAGCCUCCUCAAAGGUCCCUCUUCUGGUCGACGUCGAGGUUGAAGAGAUGUCAAGAUGCGAAGGUGUAAACGAAAUGCAAGAAAGACUUGCCGUCAUGCAUUGGUAGCUCUCCUAGGACUGGUCCAAGAAGCGUACGCAUACACUCUGACCUUCGGGAACCCGUGCUCUGUGCAGAAGGUGACACGCCACAUGGCAAUCGGCGCAUUUCCUGACAUCUCCUCUCUCACCGUUGUGCCAGUUGCAGGCAUUCUGGAUAUGCAGGUCGGUGACGUUCCUGGCUUUGGAUUUACCAUGCCUUGCCUGUUGCAGAUGGUGGCUUGCCAAUCAUGACAGAAUCAGCACCACCAGUACGAGGGAGUACCUGGGAUGGGGCCGGUGGCUUUACCAGAUCGACUCUAGUGGAGGGACCG